UUUUCCCGCGUUUGAUUGGCAGAGCGCAAAUAGUAGCCACCGCUGACUGGUGCCACGGAAAUUGGCCCCAUAAGUGCCCGCGGGGCGCGAAGGGUCGGUUGUUUGUUUCCCGCUGGCCGCUGCACUUACGCUACAAUCAUGAUGGACGUUAUGGAGUUACCCAGGCCGCGCGUCAACACCAGCAUGCUAGCUCAGUUCAUCGACCAGCCGGUCUGCUUCGUAGGGAGACUGGAAAAGAUUCAUCCUACUGGCAAAAUGUUUAUUCUUUCAGAUGGAGAAGGGAAAAAUGCAACCAUUGAGUUGAUGGAACCGCUUGAUGGAGAAAUCUCUGGGAUUGUGGAAGUAGUUGGAAAAGUAACCGCCAAAGCAACUAUUAUGUGUGCAUCCUAUAUCCAGUUUAAAGAAGAUAAUCACCCUUUUGAUCUUGAACUUUACAAUGAAGCUGUGAAAAUUAUUCUUGAUUUCCGUCAGUUUUUUCCUUGGGGUGUAUAAUUGGAUUGAUCUUGAUGAAGUAUUUAUGAUUGCAAAUAAGCUACACUGAAGAUUAUUAAAGGAAGCCCCUGUGAGCUCCAACAUCUAAUUUCUUCAAUUUAAUUCCAAACAUAAUAUUAGAUAUUCUAAUGUCAUUUUUGUUGGAACUGUAUAUUGACAGUUCUUAUCUAAGCCUUCAUAAGGAGAAGAAAUUUUCACUUCUCCAUCAUGUGGCCAAAUCUGAUGCAGGAACAAAGCAAUUUCCUGAGUUUAGUUUUUUAUUAAUAAAAGUUAAAUUGAUCAGUACUUUCGUUCACUUCAUUCUUUUAGUCAUGUAUUCAGGCACAAACUUGGAAUUUCAUAGUUGUAAGGUCAGGACUUAGACCUACCAAACGGAAUAGUGUUGUGUUAAGUAUUAUUUGCUACCUCAUGAACUAUACCAUGUUAAUUACUCUCUUUGCCCUCUGUUAAAACACGAUUUUAAUUAGUUAAAAAGAUAAAUAGACCCUAUAUCUUAUGUAGUUUUUUAGUACCUCCAUUAGUCAGGGUUCUCCAAAACAGCAGAAUCAAUAAGAUACAUAUAUAUAGAUAGAAGAUGGUGUACUUUACUUAGGGAGGCAAACAAGUCCCAUUGUCUACCAUCUGCACUGGAGAAAUAAUACAGUCUAAGUCGAAGGCCUGAGAAUCAUGACUCUGGUAUAAUUCUCAGUCUAAUGACAAGACCUGAGACCUAGGAAGUCAGUGACAUGGGUUCCACUGAAGGUCAGAGAACCAGGAGCUCUGAUGGCAGGGCAGGAAGUAGACAUCCCUGCUCCAAGAAGAGUAAGCAAACUUGACCUUCCUCUACUUUUUUGUUCUGUUAGGGGUUGGGAAGUACCUACUAACCCACUUUGGUAAGGGCUCACUUCUCACGUAGUCUGCUAAUGUAGACGUGCGUCUCUUGUAGAUACAGUCUCAGAUGCAAUCCAGAAAUACGUAACUAUUACCUGGGUAUACCUUAUCCAGUCAAGUUACACAUAAACCAUCAGAGUAGCUCUGACCAUUUUAAAAUUGUGUUUACUAGUGCCAAAUGGCACUGAAACAGUAGGAGUAUAGUGAGACUGAAUGAAACUGCCCUGCCACUAGGGACAUCUUAAUCAUUAAAGUAGUUGAUAGAAUCAUUUGAUUCUAUUUGCCUUCCUUUUAACUUCCUUUCUUUCUAUCCUUACUCGGAGUUAUUGUUUACUGGUAUUUCAUACCACCAAGUAAUGUUGCUGGUGAGCAGGAAGGAUGUGGUAAGUUAGGAUAGAGUGAUCAAAAACUGGUAGACCUAUAUGGCCAGUUUGGCUUGACCCAUUCUCUUGUGUGAGGAAGAACAACUAAUUCUAAAUCCACUAAAAUUAUAAAUUAUGCCCAAAAUAUUUUAAAUUGAUAUCUUUAAUUUCUACAUUUACUUCAAAAUAUACUAAUUCCUUUAAGAACACCACCAUAACUACUUCUGAUAAAAAAUACUAUGAUGGCCCUCCCUGGUGGCGCAGCGGGUUAAAGCACUGCACUGAGAAACUAAAGCCACUUCCGCAUGAGUU